AUGGCUCCCGAGCUGCUGGCAGCCGACGAGUCUGCAGCCUCACCCGCCUCCGACGCCUUUGCCCUGGGCGUGGUGCUGUGGGAGAUGAUGGCGGGGCGGCGGGCGUGGCGCGGCAUGGGGCCGCUGCAGGUGGUGCACACGGUGGCGCUCAAGCGCCGCUGCCUGCCGGUGUCAGACCGGUGGCCCGAGGGCAUUCAGGCGAGCAUGUGUGAGCUGGUGCGCGGCUGCCUGGCGGGAGAUCCUGGCAAGCGGCCCACGGCAGAGGGCAUCCUGCUGCGGGUCCAGGUUGAACUGGCACAGCACGAGGAGCGCGCCACUGGCGCCGCCGCGGCGUGA